AUGGACAAAGAAGCAAAACAAACAAUAAGCGAGCACACGCUGGAGUCGGUGGACACCAAGGCGUGGCAUGGCGAAAGCUCCAAGACACUGGGCAGCCGCUUGACACGCCCGUUCCAGAGAAAGCAGAUGUCGUCGCGGAUGAACCGCAUUACGCAGUCUUUCCGCAGACAAGAUGCCGUAGAAUACGCCGACGUGGACCUGUCGAUGAUGGACGAGCAGCAGCGUAGGAACUACGUGCUGGCCAACCAGCCGUUGCAGAAGACCCUCUCGCAGAGACAUCUUAUGAUGAUCGCGAUCGGCGGGACGCUGGGUACUGGUCUGUUCAUCGGUAUCGGGUACUCGCUGUCUUCAGGUCCAGGCUCGCUGCUCAUCGGUUUUUUGAUCGUCGGGCUGAUGAUGUUCUGCGUGGUGCAGAGCGCUGCAGAGCUUGCAUGCCAGUACCCGGUGUCUGGGUCUUACGCUGUCCACGUGUCGCGGUUCAUGGAGCCCUCAAUCGGGUUCACGGUCGCCACGAACUAUGCCCUGGCGUGGCUCAUCUCGUUCCCCUCCGAGCUGAUCGGUUGCGCCAUGACGUUGCAGUACUGGAACAAGUCUGUUAACCCUGCUGUGUGGGUCGCCAUCUUCUACGUUUUCAUCAUGUCUCUGAACAUGUUCGGCGUGAGAAGCUACGGUGAGGCCGAGUUCUGGAUGUCGCUUUUCAAGGUUGUGGCCAUUGUUAUUUUCAUCAUAAUCGGGAUCGUGCUCAUCUGCGGCGGUGGGCCCAACUCCACGGGCUACAUCGGAACGAAAUACUGGCACGACCCAGGCUCCUUCGCCAAGCCUGUUUUCAAGGGCCUCUGUAACACGUUCGUCUCUGCUGCCUUCUCGUUCGGUGGUGCGGAGCUUGUUGUUCUGACGGCCUCGGAGUCCAGAAAGGUCGAAUCCGUCUCCCGUGCGGCCAAGGGUACCUUUUGGAGAAUCGCCAUUUUCUACAUCACCACUGUUAUUGUCAUCGGGUGCCUGGUUCCAUACACCAACGAGCAGCUAUUGGGAGGCGACAACGACGAAGAUAUCACUGCAUCUCCUUUCGUGAUCGCGCUAAGUGGCCAGGGUUCUAUGGGUACCAAGGCCUCUCACUUCAUGAACACUGUUAUUCUGAUCGCGGUCCUGUCCGUUUGCAACUCCGCAGUCUAUGCUUCCUCUCGUAUCAUCCAGGCGCUCGGUGUGUGUGGCCAGCUUCCAAAGAUUUGUGGUUACGUCGACCAGAAGGGCAGACCCUUGGUGGGCAUUGCUAUCUGUGGUGUUUUCGGCCUGCUAGGGUUUUUGGUCGCCUCCGAUAACGAGGGCGAUGUGUUCACCUGGCUGUUUGCAUUGUGCUCCAUCUCUUCUUUUUUCACUUGGUUCUGCAUUUGCGCAUCGCAGGUUCGUUUUAGAUUUGCACUGCGCGCACAGGGCAGAAGCUCCGACGAAAUCGCCCACAAGUCCAUGUUGGGUAUUUACGGUGGUUUCUUGGGCUGUUUACUCAAUGCCCUUCUAAUCGCAGGUGAGAUUUACGUCUCCAUUUUCCCUCUGGGCGGGGACCCCAGCGCCAAGCAAUUCUUCCAGUACUGUUUGAGUAUUCCAAUUAUGAUCGCCGUUUAUAUCGGCCACAAACUAUUUGCGAACAAGAGCAAGCGUGUCUUGAUUCCUGCGCAAGAAAUUGACCUCGAGACAGGGAGGAAGAUCAAAGACUUGGAACAAUUCAAGCAUGAGGUUCUGGAAGACAAAGAGAAGCUUGCUUCCAAGCCAUUGUACUACAGAAUAUACCGUUUCUGGUGUUAA